AUGGAGAGCGACAGCGCAUUCGUUGCUCCAGAGGGCGUCUACUCUGUCACUGAAGAACACAAGCCUCUCCCAGUCCCAACCCACUCUUCAACCGCAGCAAACCCCGUAUACCAAACUCGCCUUAGCUCAAUCACAGUUCGGUUUCCCCAGAAACAUCCAGCUUCACCAGGUCUCGCUCAGUUCCUUGGUGCGAACCUUGCAAAGGAUCUUAAGAAGGAAAAGGACAAGGAGAGGGAUGUAGUGGUGAAAGAGCGCCUAUUGCUCGAGGAGCGGAGCAUGUCAUCCAGCGAUACCCCAGAAGAUAGCUUCACAUCUCCAGAUGUACUAGCUACCCCAGACCUCACCCCUUCCACACCAGCAGAACACCAGCACAAGCUCUUCUCCCACCCUUCCGUCUCAGCAGGUAAGAAGAAAUCCACCGCAUCACGGCCCAAACACAACAUGCGCACCACCUCUUCCACUUUCAUCACCCGUCUCCAGAGCGUAGAAGGUCUCAGCAAGACCCUCGCAGCUAAACAGGGUGAUGUCACCUUCUUGUUCUAUAACACAGGCAAAGCUUUCUUGUGGAUCGAGGUGGGAGCCAAAGCCAAGCAGGAACCACUGACGAGGAUUAGCUUCUCUGCACACCCGACAUGUCACGACGUAAACCCCUCCACUGCAUCCUCAGAACGAAUGGAUGUUAUCAUAGGAUUCAACACAGGAGACCUCAUAUGGUUUGACCCCAUAUCAAGCCGCUACUGUCGCCUUAACAAACAGGGUACCAUCUCCUCCUCCAUCUGCACAGCCGUCCGUUGGGUCCCAUCUUCCCCAACCCUCUUCCUCGUCUCCCAUGCAGACGGAACAAUCAUCGUAUACGACAAGGAGCGUGAAGAUGGCUUGUUCACGGCUAAUAUUCCCAAUGGACCGACUAAUACCCCCCAUAUAAAUGUCAAUGCGAACGCACACGCAGCUCCUGCAGGUGAUGAAUGGGACCCACUAUCAACAAUGUUUGUCACACCUCCGCCGUGGCAUCCAGAAGCUUCUGGGAGGGGAGAGAAGGGCGUGGUGGCGAAGAACCCUGUGAGUCAUUGGCGUCUGAGUCGGCGUGGUGUUGUUGACUUUGUAUUCUCCCCUGAUGUCAAAUAUGUCGCGGCAAUUUCAGAAGAUGGGUGUCUGAGGGUGAUCGAUCCACUUGCGGAGCAGCUGGUUGACUGCUACGCAUCCUACUUCGGUGCUCUGACCUGUGUCGCUUGGUCACCUGAUGGACGCUUCAUUCUCACUGGCGGCCAAGACGACCUCCUCACGAUUUUCUCCCCCUGGGAACAACGAGUCGUCGCACGAUGCCAAGGACACUCCUCCUUCGUCUCAGCCGUAGCAUUCGACGAGCUCCGGUGCGACGGGCGGACAUACCGCUUCGGUAGCGUUGGAGAAGAUAACAAGCUCAUUCUCUGGGACUUUUCAUCUGGCGCACUUCACCGCCCUAAACACCUCGGAGCACACCAUCCGCGCAUAUCGAUGUCGUCUAGUAUUUCACUUGCUUAUCGUCGGGGAACAGGGUCAACGAUCCAACUCUCCGCAACACGUUAUCACGCUGCGCCUUCAAGGAAUGAAGUGUCAACUGUACAACCUGUAUUGAUAAAACAACUCGACGCCGACCUCCUCACCUCCCUCGCAUUCCUCCCUCGAGCGCUCUUAACAGCAUCGAAAGCGGGACACGUCCGUUUGUGGGUGCGGCCGUUUGUGAUGACCAACGCUAGUCCUAGGAGAAGAGGGCAUGCGCGUGGGAUGUUGUCUGUGACUGAUUUCCAGAGGGUGGUCGCUUGAUUUGUGUUCGUGAUGGUUUGAUUCGUUCGUGGUGAUUGAGUAGGAAGUGGGAGGUGGGAGAAAGCAGAGGUGAAGAUGUGAAGAUGGACAGAGAGUCUAACUUAUUUGUGGAUUAUGUAUAUCUGUAGAUCUCGCAUACAAGUAUAUGCACACGUACCAAGAUUUAUCGAUACCGCCUAAUUUCAUCUUCCCUGACUGUCCCCCGUGAGGAAGAAAAGAGAGAGCCAUCCAAGUU